AUGACCAACUCCAAACAAAAAUUCUUAAUUGCAACCCUAAUGAUCAUUGGGUUUUGGUGUUAUGUUGUAAGUGGUACUCCCAACACUCAAAUUGGUUUCGAAGGAUGUAGCAAAACCACAUAUGCCGCUGGCGAUCCUUAUGGAAAAGCCGUAGUUUCUAUUCUCAGUGAUGUAACGAAGAAGACACCCUCUUCCCCAAAACAUAGUUAUAAAGUUGUAUCGCACGAUCCUAAUUCUCCAUCUGUUGCCUUCGGAGUUUGUGGUUCGUCGUUGAGUGAUGAAGAUUGCUCUAGUUGCAUGAUCGUUGCAUCUAACGAAGUACAAACUCUUUGCUCUGGUCACAUUUCCGGCAUCGUCCUCCUUGGAGAUUGUACAAUUGGAUACGCAAAGAAGACUAAGAAGGCAUAA